CUCAAAAUAUUCUUAUCCACUCCCCUCUCUCUUUCUCCAUCUCACAGAAGCUCACCACUAAGCAAUAAUGGCAAUCGAUAGUUCAAUCUUCCAAUGAUAAUUACAACAUACAAUGGCGCAAUUCCCUACUCUAUCGCAUGACACUUCACCUCUUUCUCGCUCUUACAUACAUUCUCCCAGACUGCAUUCCAUUUCCUCUUCGCUCAUUUCUUCUCCCCGCAGCCUUCAUCGCAGCGCCAAUCCUCAAUUCGACCGACUCUCAACCACCAAACCUCGAAAUGAAACUCCCAUCUCCAAUCUCAAGUAUCUCACUUCUCGAGUCGUACAACUCACCCGUCGCCGACAACUCCAUCAGAUUUUUGAAGAAAUUGAAAUUGCAAAGAAACAACAUGGUAAGCUGAAUACCAUCGUGAUGAACGCAGUUUUGAAAGCCUGCGUCCAUUGCGGUGAUAUUGAUGCAGCUUUGAGCGUAUUUGCUGAUAUGAAAGAGCUGGAAAAUUGUGGGGUUGAUGAUAUAACAUACGGAACUCUGUUAAAGGGUCUUGGUGAAGCUCGUAGAGUUGAUGAAGCAUUUCAGUUAUUGGAAUCUGUUGAACAAGGUACUGCUGCAGGAAGCCCUAAGCUAUCAGCACCACUUAUUUAUGGGCUUCUAAAUGCUCUUAUUGAAGCAGGAGAUCUACGACGGGCUAAUGGUCUCUUAGCACGCUAUGGUUUUCUGAUCAACGAAGGAGGCAGUCCACCAAUCUUAAUUUACAACCUUUUGAUGAAGGGGUACAUAAGCACAGGUUCUCCUCAAGCAGCAUUAAGUGUGCAUAGUGAGUUAUUGCGUCAGGGACUCCAUCCUGAUAAACUCACAUACAACACUCUAAUCUUUGCAUGUGUCAAGGCGGGAAAGCUGGAUGUUGCGGAGAACUUUUUGGAGGAAAUGAAAGAGAAAGCAAUUAAAGGCGGACUGAAAGACGUUUUUCCAGACGCUGUCAGUUAUACUACGCUGCUCAAAGGAUUUGGCCAUGCCAAGGAUCUUCCUUCAGUUCUGAAGACCGUCAUUGACAUGAAGUUUUGUGACAAGUUGUUGAUAGAUCGAGUUGCUUAUACUACUAUUGUUGAUGUUUUGUUGGACUGCGGUUCUACUAAAGGUGCACUUUGUGUUUUUGGAGAAUUAUUGAAACGAGCUGGCAAGGACACUAAUUUGCGGCCAAAACCUCAUACCUACCUUUCAUUGAUGCGGAAUAUAGCUUCUCAUGGAGAUUACAUUUUUGUUAAAAAUCUAUACAAACGCAUGUGGCCGGAUUCAUGUGGCACUAUCUCCCCUGCUAAUCAGGUGGAAGCUGAUCAUCUUCUUAUGGAAGCAGCUUUAAAUAAUGGUCAGAUUGAUGUGGCACGGCAACAUCUUUUACAUAUCAAGAAAAAGUGGAAGGGAUUAUCAUGGGAAAGUCGAGGAGGGACUGUUGCAGUUCGUGUGGAAGCUUUGAUGGGUCAAACAACAUCAGUGUUUAGUCCUUGUAUACUUCCUGAGGUAUCAGUGGGGGAUCCAAUUGAAUGCAUUAUGACAUCUUUCGAAGACACUAGACCAUUGAAAUCUACCUCGAUACUGAAUGAAGUGGUGAUGCGAUUUUCCAGAGAGCUUGUUUUGCCUGUCAUUGAUGACUGGGGAAGUUGUUUAGGUUUACUGCACCGUGAAGAUUGCAAUGAGUUAAACAGCCCAAUCUCUUCAAUGAUGAGAAGUCCACCUCCUUAUGUGACAACAUUGACUUCUAUUGGGCGCGUUAUUGAUAUGAUGCUGGAAAAGAGCUACAAAAUGGUAAUAGUCAUUGAUUACAAGAACUCUUAUGGGGCUUCAUCGUCAUCAUCAUCAUAUGGCUCAAUGAAACCAGUUGGAGUUUUUACUGCCGAAAAGCUGGCUAAGCUUUCAAUACCCGAUUCAGAAUGAAAAGGAAACAACCGCUCUUAAGAGAAUUGAGUUUUGUACAAAUUUCCUCAACUCUUAAUUUAAUUUUUUCCUUCGGGUUAUGUGAUGCUAGAGAUAGUGCAUUUGGGGGUCAGUUAUUUUUAUCCUAUCUUUCCAAUUUAGUAAACUUGUUAUUGAUCUUGGGAUGAAACCAUCGAUUUGGGAAGAAUUUACCAUAUUUAGAAAUGGGUAUUUCCUUGUCUAUUGUUUGGAUUUGUAGCGAGAUUAGAUUUUCCUUUCCGAUAAUCUCUUGAUAUUUCUAUA